AUUCCACCACCAGAGGUAGCAAGAGGGUCCUGGUGUCUGUCCCCAAAGCCAAUCAUGGAUUUCACUCGUAAAAGCUUCCAUAGAAGCAACAGCUCCACUAAUCAGCCCGGUUUAGCCAUGAGUGGGGUCGCAGUUAGGAAGGGGGUUAUGCAAGGUUUCUCUUCUCCCAGUGUCUAUGGUGGGGCUGGAGGUCAGGGUACCCGGAUUUCAAGCACCAGACAUGUGGCUACUUAUGGACGUAGUCUCAGUGAAGAUUUCUCUGUUGGCAAUGAAAAAGUCACAAUGCAGAACCUGAAUGACCGUCUAGCCAGCUACUUGGAAAGGGUACGGUCUCUGGAGAAGACCAACUCCCAGCUGGAAAUACAGAUCAGGGAAUGGCAUGAGAAGAGCUCUCCCAUCCUGAGCCGGGACUACAGCUCCUAUUUCAAAACAAUUGAAGAUCUCCGAAAACAGAUUAUAGAUGCCCAAAAGGCCAAUGCCUUUUGUAUCCUGCAGCUUGAUAACUCUAAAUUGACCUCUGAUGAUUUCAGAAUGAAGUAUGAAACUGAGCUUGCAAUGAAAUUGACUGUGGAGGCUGAUGUCAAGGGACUGCAUAAAGUCUUUGAUAAUCUCACCCUACAGAAGUCAGACUUAGAGACACAACUUGAAAAUCUGAAUGAAGAACUGAUUUUCCUUAAAAAAAACCACCAGGAGGAGACCGCUAACCUGAAAGGACAAUUGGGUAGCACUGUCAAUGUGGAAGUGGAUGCUGCUCCUGGUCAUGACCUUGGAACCAUAAUGAAUGAAAUGAGACAGAAAUAUGAAAUCAUGGCACAAAAGAAUCUUCAGGAGGCCAAAGAACAGUUUGAUAAAAGGAUUGAAAGUUUGCAACAAGAGGUCCAAGUGAGUACCAAGGAGAUAAAAACCAGUGAGGUUCAAGUGACGGAACUGAAACGCAAGUACCAGACCUUGGAGAUAGAGCUCCAGACCCAGUAUAGUACGAGAGCAUCUUUUGAGCACGCCCUAGAAGAGACCAAUGCUCGUUAUGGUGCACAGCUGACUCAGAUUCAAGCAUUAAUAAGCUCUGUAGAGGCUCAGCUGAUGCAAGUUCGGUCUGACAUGGAACGACAAAACGAAGACUAUAACGCCCUUCUUGAUAUCAAGACCCACCUGGAAAUGGAAAUUGCCACUUAUCGCCGCCUCCUGGAAGGAGAGGAUGUCAGAUCUGAGAAUUUCCAGUUAGCCACUAUGGAUGAAAAAGAUAUGAAGAAAACCAGGAAGAUUAAGACAGUUGUGGAAGAAGUAGUAGAUGGCAAGAUUGUGUCAUCUCAAAUCAAAGAAAUAGAAGAGAAGAUAUAAGCAGCUACCAGAGGAAAGCGGGUUCAACAAGUUGGAAAAAUUUGAUCAAACUUUACAAUGCUCUGUUAAGAAACUCCCUUUUAACAAGCUUGGUGAAUGUUUUAUGGUAACAGGAGAUAAGAAACUCAUUAAUCAUACACUUCUAUGAGAUUUUUUAAAAUGCCCUCCAAAUACUUCAUUCAAAACAUUUGCAAGAAUAUUACAAUAUAAUUAUUAGUACAAUCAGUUCAAGGAAAUUUAAAAGCAUCUUUAUUGACUGAAAGUUAAAGACCUUCUAAUCACAAAAAACCCUCUAAUUUUGUAGAUGCAAAUAUAAAUGAAAGACAAAUCUCUCUUUCAUUUUUCCUCCCAAAAUUCAUAUUUUAAGAAUUUGACUCAUUGUACAUGUCUACGUGAGAAAUGAUUUAUUUGGACCCCUAUUCUAUUCUAACUAGUAUUAAUCAAUUUGAUAGAAUCAUAUCAAAUUUCUUAUAUAAGGGCCCAGAGGUAUGAACUGCAGAUUCAAAGUUCACUUGCUUUACUAUAGGAAGUUAACUAAAGGCCCUCCACCCAUGUUUUGCCUUGUUUUAAUGACCAAGCCCAGUAUGGCAGAGGUGAAAACUACAUGGAAAGUCCCCCAAAAUAUAUUUGCACUUCCAGAUCAAUUCCUCAUCCAGUAGGAGCAAUCACUCUUAUCUGAGGUCACUAAUUGUGAUAACUUGUACCAUUUCCUCUUGCCCAACCUAAGGAGAAGCCUGCCUAUCUUGAAUGAAGAUAAUCCUUACUUCACCCAACUUGUGGUCCUGCCGACAUAUUACUUUGCUUAUUUUAGCUUAGGUAUCACCUGUCAAUCAAUAACAUUAUGUGUGUUUGCUAUCAUUGUUCUUGAAUGAUUGAACAUCUAGCCCUAUGAAAAUAAGGCUCCUGGAAGGAGAAGGCAUAUCAGAUAUUGAAGAAGAUUUAAGGUCCACUUCAUUAGAAGAGAUCAUGGACCAUUUAAUAAAGUGCCAUGGGCUCAGAGCUCUGUCUCACUAUUGUAGGGGUGAUAAUUUUAAUCUCCCCAUCUACAAAUGCAGCUCAUCAUAUUUGGAAUGAGCAUCUAAGAAAUUAUCAAAGACUUCAGCCUUUCACAAAGUAAAACAAUAAGUUUCUUUAUACUCUUAUCAAUAAACAGUAUGAUUCAGUGA